CUUCGCCAUGGCCAAUCCAAUCCAAUCUCCAUCUCGAUCUCGCGCUAUGGCCAUGUCCGCCCAAGCUUCCCUCUUCGCCGCUCUCCCAUGCUCGAAGCCCGCCGUCGUCCCUCGCGGCCUCCUCGCGUGGAAGCCGAUUCCGUCGCUGCCGGCCCCCGGGGCGAGGCGGGGCCUGCAGAGGGCGUGGGCCGUCGAGGAGAAGGCGGAGGCCCCGGUGGGGUUCACCCCGCCGCAGCUGGACCCCAACACGCCGUCCCCCAUCUUCAGCGGCAGCACCGGUGGGCUGCUCCGCAAGGCGCAGGUGGAGGAGUUCUACGUCAUCACCUGGGACUCGCCCAAGGAGCAGGUGUUCGAGAUGGUGACGGGCGGCGCGGCGAUCAUGCGGCAGGGCCCGAACCUACUGAAGCUGGCAAGGAAGGAGCAGUGCCUGGCGAUGGGUACCAGGCUGCGGUCCAAGUACAAGAUCAACUACCAGUUCUACCGGGUGUUCCCCAACGGCGAAGUGCAGUACCUGCACCCCAAGGACGGCGUCUACCCGGAGAAGGUCAACCCUGGACGGCAGGGAGUCGGCGUGAACUAUAGAUCCAUCGGAAAGAACAUCAACCCCAUCGAGGUCAAGUUCACCGGCAAGCAAGUCUAUGACCUUUAAAUAUUCAUUUCCUCCACCACCACCACCACCUCCUCCUCCUCCUCCUCCUCCUCCUCCUCCUCCACCGCCACCAGCUAGUGUGUAAUUAGUUAAUAUGCUACGACAUUCGAUCAUCAAGUACGUACUCUUGCUUGUAACUUUUAUGUUGAACUGAAUUUAUUAAUGUACUCUUAAGUUGCUCUUCC